AUGGAUUCGCACUCCACACGUUGCAGUCGGAGAAGUCGAAUACGUGGCAUGGCACCGACGCACUCUGUGCAUCAGCAGUUGACGGGUCUUGCCGCCUUGGCGAGAAAUACGUACGUGUAUUUCAAGACCAACAGUACAAGGAAGGAGAGGAAAAAGAGGAAAAAGAGGAUAGCAAACUUCCAAGGUGAUUCACCAAUCGCCCUGGGUAUGCUGGAAGAAGACCCUUUCUAUGUGUGGAGACCGCGCGCCCCCUAA